AUACUAUCAAUUUUACAUCAUAUAUUGCCUUUGACAACAUUUACAUUAAAUUUGUCUUUAGCCGACACCCUCCCUUGUCUGCUACAUGUACCUAGAUGAUUGACCCAACCCAUGUAGUAUCAUGUAUCCUUCACCCAAAAAUAUCAUCAAUAAAGCUUAAAAAAAAAUUAAUUAAAUUUGCUUCAGCUUCUGCUUCCUCAAGUUUCACUACCAACUUAUCAUGUCUGAACUCCUUUGCAAUGAUGAAAGAAGAGAGAAUUCAGAAGAUGAUAAGUGGAAAAAAAUUGGCAGUCUUAAAAAGAAAGCAAUAAAUGCAUCAAGUAAAUUAAGGCAUUCUCUUACAAAGAAAAGAAGCAGCAAAAGUGGUAGUGGUAGUAGAAGCAAUUCCCUCUCCAUUGAAGAUGUUAGACAAGUUGAGGAGCUUCAAGCAGUGGAUGCAUUUCGACAAUCACUUAUAUUAGAUAACUUACUUCCUCCAAUACAUGAUGACUACCAUAUGUUAUUGAGAUUCUUGAAAGCAAGGAAGUUUGAUGCUGACAAAGCAAAGCUCAUGUGGGUCAACAUGAUCCAAUGGAGGAAAGACUAUGGUACAGAUACAAUUAUAGAGGAUUUUGAUUAUAAGGAGUUGCAAGAAGUUCAGAAGUACUAUCCACAUGGUUAUCAUGGUGUGGAUAAGGAGGGAAGACCUGUUUAUAUUGAGAGACUAGGGAAAGUUGAUCCUAAUAAGCUUAUGCAAGUAACUACCAUGGAAAGAUAUUUGAGAUACCAUGUCCAAAGUUUUGAGAAAACAUUUUCUGUCAAGUUUCCAGCUUGCUCUAUAGCUGCUAAGAGACACAUAGAUUCAAAUAUAACAAUUUUGGAUGUUCAAGGCGUGGGUUUCAAAAAUUUCACCAAGUCUGCACGAGAACUCAUCACCCAGAUGCAGAAGAUUGAUAGCGAUUACUAUCCUGAAACACUUUGUCAAAUGUUUAUCGUCAAUGCUGGCCCUGGUUUUAAGCUUCUCUGGAACACAGUGAAAACAUUUAUUGAUCCCAAAACUACUUCGAAGAUCCAUGUUCUUGGAAACAAGUUCCAAAGUAAAUUACUUGAGAUUAUCGAUGCGAGUGAGCUGCCAGAAUUUCUAGGUGGUAGUUGCACUUGUGUAGAUCAUUGUGGCUGUCUGAGAUCUGAUAAAGGACCAUGGCAAGACCCAAACAUUUUAAAGAUGGUUCUUAGUGGUAAAGUGCAAUGUUCUAAACAAAUAGUGACAGUUUCCAAUGACAAGGGGAGGGUGAUUGGAUGUGAUAAAACAUCUAUUCCAAUGAUACGAAGUGGAUCAUCUACUGGAGAAUCAGGAUCUGAAGCUGAAGAUAUCACCUCUCCCAAAGCAUGUGGGAAUUCUAUGAACCCUAUAUUAACUCCUGUCCGAGAAGAGACAAGAUCUGCGGAUAAGGUCGGUCCUAGUUGCGGUUUUCCUGGGUCUGAUGAGUGUGUUCCCCUGGUUGACAAGACUAUAGAUGUCGGAUCAAUGGAGAAGCAAGCAGCAGCACCAAACUCAUUUGAGUCAAAAGAAAAUUUGCUAAUAGUAACCAGGACAGUUACAGUGGCCUUCGUGUUUGCUUUUUUUGCUUUUGUUCGUUCAAUAGCAUUUCGUGUAACAAAGGGAGUAAAAAGGGAGGAACUUGCUACCAGCUUCACAAAGACAAACCCAUCCUCAUCUUCUACCUUAACACGCCUUGGUGAACUUGAAAAAAAAGUUGAGACACUACAGAAUAAACUUAAUGUGAUGCCACGUGAGAAAGAGGAGCUGCUAAAUGCUGCAGUUUGUCGUGUGGAUGCAUUGGAAGCAGAGCUCAUUGCUACGAAAAAGGCUUUGUACGAGGCAUUAAUGAGACAAGAAGAACUUUUGGCAUACGUAGACUAUCAACAAAAACGCAAAUUCAAGCAGUGCUGCUGGUAACGAGACACUGCAUAUGACGGAGUUGUUCGGUGGUUCUCUCUUUCUCUCUCAGUGCCCGUGUGUGUGUAUGUGUGCAUGUGUAGAAUAAAUUGACAUGCAUAAUAUUUUACAAAUUAGAGUAAAUAUUGAUUCUAUACAUCUGUUUCCAAUACAGACUUCUUCAUUUGAAUGUGUUUGGGUAUUGAAUAAUAUUACAACCACACAUUUUUAACUUA